AUGGACCGCUCCCUGAAUGCCUUCCCAACUCUCCUCUUAACUCAUGCUGCUCUCAACAGAGCAACAGUGAAGGCUAUGAUCGAUUUCCUCGAUGAACCAGUGCUGGACGGGCUUUACUUCGUCAAUGCACCAAAUGCUCGAACUCGUCGCCAGGCAACAGCCGACUACCUAGCCAAGGCAAAGUUCCCGGAACCACAUCCAUGCACUGAUAGAGUGGUUAAAGUGCUACAUCAAAUAGCACACCCAUUCUCGGACGGCAGCAUUAUUAAUCGAGAGACCUCCGUCCAAGAAGAUCAUACGAUUCGAAAAUCCGUGCGCCUUGGCCGAUCUGAUCUCCUUGCAGAACGGCGGAAUCUCGAGCUCGUCGCUGAACAUACGGACGUACCGGUACCCCGUGUCUACGACUUCUAUACGACGAGUGGAUUCGAGCACCUCGUUAUGGAGAAGAUGCCCGGAGUAACACUCGAAUAUGCCUGGCCUGACCUGUCCUCUCAGGAGAGGGAAGACUUAGCAGACCAGGUCGUUAGACUUGUCGGCCAGUUUCGCCGUUUGCAAUCCCCCUCCAUCAACGCCGCCCUUUUAAACAGACAGGCUCUUCGACCAGGCUUGCGGAACAGCUUCGACUUCACUAUGGAGCGAAUAAAGGAAUAUACUUGUUGUGACAGUGCCGUAGACUACGUUCGGCUCAGGUGUGAGGCAUUGCACGACAUGCCGAACGUAUUCACCCACGGUGACUUGGAUUGGAGCAACAUAAUGGUUUCGGAUAGGCAAGUUUGUGGUAUUAUUGAUAUGGAGAGCAGCGGCUUCUUCCCUCCCUACUGGGAGUGGUUUUCUGUCAGGAGGAUGGCACAAGGUCUGCCGGAAGGGUCCUGGUUCCACCUUCUGGAGGAGCGCUUGGCGAACGAGCACGGUUCGGAGUACGCUGGCAUGUGGGAAGUGGAAAGGCUCAUUCAAGCACUGAACCGUCAUUCACAGUGGGCUUUAACACCUGAUGAGCGGUCGGCAAACCGUUCAAAUGGUUGGGCCGAAGUCAGCUGUAUUCUUGGUGAGGAUGUUGGCCCCGCCCCUAAAGCCACCUACGCUCCGUGGUCCGAGAACCCUUGGUGGCUUGAUUAUUACCUAAAGAAAGAAGAUAACGCGGAAUCGAGCACUCCCAACCUGGACAACACUGCUAGGAGUAGAAGCGGUUUCUUUAACAUGAACGCAACUCUACAUGAGCCGACGGUCGAGGUCAGCUGA